CUGCGGAAAUUACGUAAAAACAGAGCGCCCAGUCGACGCGCCGCAAGGAACAGAGGCAUGUCUAGGCGCCACCUCGGUGACACCUCUACUGGUAUCAGCCGGCUUGCAACACCCUGGGCGGAAAUCCACAAUCCUUAAAGAAGCCAACGUUAAAUGCAGUAAGUUUAUUUGGGAGUCUAGCUGCAGGACAGUGAGCUCUCAGAAUGUAGGGCGUAGCUGAUGGCACUCCUGGCCUCCGAACGGUAGGCGGCGCUGUGAGCUCUGUGUGGUCUCUUGGGAGCUGGGAGUUCACAGCACAAGCGCACUUAAGAGUUCUCCGUGCCCACGUGGGAACUUUCCCGGCAACUUUUUCGAGAAAAAUGCCCAAAUUCAAGGUGGCUCGCGGAGCGAAGGGUCAGGAAAAACACGCGCCCCUUGCCGAGCAGAUUCUGGCUGGCGACGCGGUGCGGGCAGGGGUCCGUGAAAAGCGGCGGGGUCGCGGAACCGAGGAAGAUGAAGAGUAUGUAGGGCCCCGGUUGACCCGACGGAUUUUGCAGCAAGCUCGGCAGCAGCAGGAGGAGCUCGAGGCCGAGCAUGGGACUAGGGGCAGGCCCGCGGCGCCACGGGAGCGCAUCACGCGGCUGGGUCCAGGAGUGCCGCAAGAUGGAUCAGAUGACGAGGAUGAAGAGUGGCCCACCCUGGAGAAGGCUGCCACAGUGACCGGGGUGGGCCACCAUGCAGAGGUGGUCGUGGAUCCUGAGGAUGAGCGUGCCAUUGAGAUGUUCAUGAAUAAAAACCCUCCUGCCAGGCGCACCCUGGCUGACAUCAUCAUGGAGAAGCUAACUGAGAAGCAGACGGAAGUCGAGACAGUCAUGUCCGAGGUGACAGGCUUUCCUGUGCCCCAGCUGGACCCCCGGGUCCUGGAGGUCUACAGAGGAGUCCGGGAGGUGUUAUCUAAGUACCGCAGUGGGAAGCUGCCCAAGGCAUUUAAGAUCAUCCCUGCACUCUCCAACUGGGAGCAGAUCCUCUACGUCACGGAGCCCGAGGCCUGGACUGCUGCUGCCAUGUACCAAGCCACAAGGAUUUUCGCCUCUAAUCUGAAGGAACGCAUGGCCCAGCGCUUCUACAACCUUGUCCUGCUCCCCCGGGUACGAGAUGACAUUGCUGAAUACAAACGACUAAAUUUCCAUCUCUACAUGGCACUCAAGAAGGCCCUGUUCAAGCCUGGGGCCUGGUUUAAAGGGAUCCUGAUUCCACUGUGUGAGUCGGGCACCUGUACCCUCCGGGAAGCCAUCAUCGUGGGUAGCAUCAUCGCCAAAUGCUCCAUCCCGGUGCUGCACUCCAGUGCGGCCAUGCUGAAAAUCGCCGAGAUGGAAUACAGCGGUGCCAACAGCAUCUUCUUGCGACUGCUGCUGGAUAAGAAGUAUGCACUGCCCUACCGGGUGCUGGACGCGCUGGUCUUCCACUUCCUGAGGUUCCGGACGGAGAAGCGCGAACUGCCUGUGCUCUGGCACCAGUGUCUCCUGACUUUGGUCCAGCGCUAUAAGGCAGACCUGGCCACAGAGCAGAAAGAGGCCCUCCUGGAACUGCUCCGGCUGCAGCCCCAUCCACUGCUGUCCCCUGAGAUCAGGCGUGAGCUUCACAGUGCAGUACCCCGAGAUGUGGAAGAUGUUCCCAUCAUCAUGGACUGAGGAGACAGUCACUCAUCCUGGUCUGAGGGGCGUGGGAGGACCACAGGAUCCUUGUUUGGUGACUAAAGGUGACACAGUCUUUACAGCUGAAGACCCACAUUUGGGUAGUGAUGGCUCAUGGGUAUCUGUGAUUCCCCAGUACCUGACAGGGAGGACUGAGGGUCUGGCUGGCCGCCUCGUCCAAUCUAGGCCAUUGUUCCUGCUCAGCUCUGGAACCUCUUUGAGUACUUUUCUUUCGGGCUGUUGUGUCACGUCACUGGGAUGUGUAUAAAAAACUAGUUAUUUAUUGACCUUCUGUGUUUUAAUGUGAUUAGUGGAGAUUUCUGCUUUCCCUCUUUAAUCUGGAGGGAUUACUCUGUAGGUUCCUGUCUAGGAGUGAAUUCUUACCCAGUUUAGGCAGGAACCCCUCCCCAUCCUUAUUCUGCCAUCUUGUUUCUCCAGGUUGUACCCAGCGUUAGCCCCUAGGGGGCACAGUCUCUGCCUUUCCCCAAUGCUUUAGGAGAAUGCUAGCAACCAGGAGGUUGUUCAAAAGAUGGUGUCUCAGCUGUGGAUGGAUGAGCUAGAGAAAGCCCCUAGAGGAAAGUGGAAAUACAGAGGCCAGACAGGUCAGAGAAUUAUGCUGGUUGGGCCCAGAUCUGGGCCGCCAUCAGACAAGUUCACUUUCUAACUUGGCUGGUGAGCGUCAGACCAGAGGUUGGCAAACUAGGAUCUUAUGGCCUAUGAACUAAGGCUGGUUUUUACAUUUUGUAAUGGGUGGAAAUUUUUUAAAACUCUUUUGUGAUAGGUGAGAAUUACAUGAAAUUCAGAUAUCACUGUCCAUAGUUUUACUGGCACACAGCCACUCCCAUCUGUUUACGUGUUUUCUGUGGCUGCUAGCACGCUGCAGUAACAGUGCAAUUCUGUAACCCUUCUUUGCCUUUGAAAAAUGUGAAUCUCUCCCAAUCCAGUUAAUGUAUUUGGGGACCAUAUGGUCAUAAGGCAAAUAAUCACAUUUAUUUAUGUGUAGUUUUGUCCGUGAGAAACACCAUGUGAAAUCAGAAAACCACACCCAGCUGAACCAAACAAG